AUGGAGAAGCCGUCAGUGGAACAAAUCAAGCAAAUUGUCCGCAAUCUUACCGAGAGCGAUGACCCAGUCGUACACAAAGCUACCGUAGAAAAAUAUGUUCCCAUCCUGACCCCACCCACCAGCUUCACCCAAAACGCCGCCUUCGUGCACCCCAUCGUCGACGUCAAACCCGCCCCCCACAGCAUCGACACCCUCAAGCAAGUCUACGCCGUUUACAAAGUCCUGACGCGAAAGAUCGAGAUCCACUUCACGCACGUCACCAUCGACGCCGACAACACCCGCGCGGUGAUCGAACUGGAGGAAGAUGUGAACUUCGUCCUCCUCCCGUUCGGCUUCGCGCGGAUCCGAGGGGUCAAGUUCAUGACGGUGCUCGAUCUCGUGCAGAGUCAACAGGACGAUAAUGGGGUACUAUACCUUUCCCUUUCCGUCCCCCUUUCCCCUCCCGGCCCCUUUCCCCCUCUUCAUGCCGCCUCGGGCAUCGUGACGGACGGCAUAAUGCAGACUGCUGACGGCGGCAUAGAUAUCAUACCCGUGGACGCGGCCAUCAAGAGCUUCCCUUUCGGCUUCGUGUACGGCUGGUGGCGGGGUGUCUGCACGCUUACGGGGUCGGUGGUGGGGUCGGGGCUGCAGAUGUCGGGGCUGUGGGCGACGGCUUAG